AUGAGUGGGAAGCUUAUGCAGGCCAUUCAGUAUGAUUCUUAUGGCGGAGGACCUGCUGCUUUAAAGCAUGUUGAAGUUCCGGUUCCCAGUCCUAAGAAAGAUGAGGUUUUGUUAAAGCUGGAAGCAACUAGUCUAAAUCCAAUUGAUUGGAAAAUCAAGAAAGGCGCAUUGCGGCCAAUUUUUCCCCGCAAAUUCCCUCAUAUACCUGGUACUGAUGUAGCAGGGGAGGUUGUAGAGGUUGGAACAGAAGUAGAAAACUUCAAACCUGGUGACAGAGUUGUCGCAGAACUUGGCCAUCUUAACGGAGGUGGACUAGCUGAGUAUGCUGUGGCAAAGAAGAACUUGACGGUUGCGAGGCCGGCAGAAGUUUCGGCGGCCGAAGGUGCAGGCUUACUUGUUUCAGGAAUCACAGCUCACCAGGCUCUCACACAGCAUGGUGGGAUCAAGCUUGACGGAAGCGGUCAUCAGAAAAACAUUCUGAUCACUGCUGCCUCAGGUGGUGUAGGUCUUUAUGCAGUUCAGCUAGCAAAGCUUGGAAACACACACGUAACAGCCACUUGUGGUGCCCGUAACAUCGAGUUAGUCAAGAGCUUAGGAGCCGAUGAGGUUCUCGAUUACAAGACGCCAGAAGGAGCAGCUCUGAAGAGUCCAUCUGGUAAGAGAUAUGAUGUCGUGCUCCAUUGCGCAACAGGCAUUUCUUGGUCUACUUUCGAACCUAAUUUGAGUGAAACUGGGAAGGUUAUUGAUAUCACUCCUGGAACUAGUUCCAUGAUGACUUUUGCUCUGAAGAAGCUUACCUUCUCAAAGAAACAGUUGGUGCCUAUCUUAACCGUCAGUCCCAGCAUUGAGAACCUGGAUUAUCUUGUCAAGCUAGUGAAGGAAGGGAAGCUUCAGACAAUUAUUGACUCAAAACAUCCUUUAAGGAAGGCAGAAGAUGCUUGGGAGAAGAGUAUCGAUGGCCAUGCUACAGGGAAGAUUAUUGUGGAACCUUGA